AGGCACACUCCUGCGCGGGGUCCCACCCGAAGAUGCACCGAAGUAUCUCAGACAGAAUUGUUCUCACAUGUCUAGAUGUUCUUACAGCAGGUCCCAUUGUAUCGACCCAGGUGGAGGAGAAAUCUGUCAUCGGCAGCUAGUGGCUGCUUCCGUGCUGGUCCAUGCUAACUGUGUUCCGAGUGAGACCAGGCUUCAAGGCACAGGUGUCCGAAGUACUUCGUUGGAGGACUUUAAAGCGCACCGUGAUAGCAAGGGAGUUCAGCAUGAAGUUGUCUUGGAUAUGACCAAUGUGCUCCCCGACGUGUUUUACGGCCUUUCUGUGAGACUCUCGGAUGAAGACGACCUGCACCACUUGGAGAACUCUGCUCAUGUAGAGAAAAUCAGUCAAGUUGAAAAAAUCAGACGCGCUAGUACAUUUGACGAGAGGAUUGUAGAUGCACCUAUAAACUCAACUCCGUCGCUAUUUCCCCCUCAAGUCCAGAGUCGGAUCACCGAACUCCACAAAAUGGGAAUUUACGGAAAAGGCGUCAAAGUAGCUUUAAUAGACUCCGGCGUUGACUGCAGCCAUCCGGCCUUAGGCAAAGGAUUCGGGCCAGGAUUCAAGAUAGCCUUUGGAAAAAACUACGCUGAAACCGAUGAUGACGAUGACGAAAGUGGGGAAAGCGACGCUGCCAACCACAGCGUCGAGCCUCAUGGCUUAGGGCCUCGAGCUAUGCACCUUGCGGCCAGAAAAAACAAACAAGAAAAGAAAAAGAAAAAGAAAAAUGACAGUCCGUGUACCCAAUGUACAUCCCAUGGAACACAUGUAGCUGGAAUAGUUGCCGCGACAGACGUCGGCUACGGAUUUAUGGGAGUGGCUCCCAAUGCUACCCUUGGGAUGUAUCUCUUUGGAUGUGGCGAUGAGGGUGAUUCCAGUACCGAUUCUCUCGUUGCGGCCAUGUUACAAGCUCACAAAGAUGGGGCCGACAUCAUUUCAGCAUCUAUAGGUGGCCCUGGCGGUUGGGGGCAGGGUGAAGAACUGCUGAACACUGUGAACAAAUUAGUUCAGAAGAAAGGUGCCAUUAUAAUUGUCGCAGCGGGCAACGAAGGUUCGGAGGGAUUAUUUUUUGGGGACAAUCCAGCCUCAGCAAAGAAUGCUAUAUCGGUUGGUUCGAUGGAGGCACAAUCGAUAGUGGCGGGAAAGUUCAAAGCUUCAACUGGUAAGGAGCUCACGUUCUACCGGACCAGCACACUGAACCUCUCUGGCGAGUAUCCGAUUUAUAUUACUGCCAAUUCGACCGACGACUCAAGUGAUGCUUGCGACGAACUCCCCAAGCAUACUCCAAAUCUCACCAAUCAUAUCGUGCUGGUUAAGAGAGGAACCUGUCUUUUUUCUAUCAAAGCAAAGCAUGUCGCGGCCAAAGGCGGGAAGCAAAUUCUCUUUUACAUGAAUUCAACAAGUAUUGUAACCUUGCCCAACAAAAUGGCAAAUGCUUCUACUGCCCCGAUAUCAUUGGAAGAUGGGAGAUAUAUUUUCCAUCAUGCCAAGAAGGAUCCCAAUGGUUUCAAAGUUUCAUUCCCGCCAAGCGGUCACUUUUAUUUGAAUGUUCCCGACGGCGGUUCCCCGAGCAACUUUUCACAAUAUGGUCCUAGCUUCGAUUUUGAAAGUCCCCAGCCUGCGGUGGCUGCUGUGGGUGGCAACGUAGUUUCAACUUACCCUACAAAAGACGGUGGUUAUGCAUCCCUAAGCGGUACUUCUAUGGCCACUCCACAGAUUGCUGGCGUAGCAGCAUUGAUAUUGAGUGCGAGAGGCAAGAAAUUUACUGGUUUAACGAUGCGCUCUCGAUUGGCAACCACAACCAAACUCAUCAAUCGUGCCAAAUCCCAUAGUCUUGACUCCGCUGUUCACCAGGGUGGAGGCCUCAUCGACGCUUUCUGUGCUGUGUGGACAAAUACCACAAUCUCAGUUCCUGGCCUGGUCCUCAAUGAUUCAGUCUCUUUCCGGGCCAACCAAGAAUUUACAAUCUUUAAUAACGGCACCGGCGUCUUUAAUUACAUCUUAACCCACCGUCCAGCAGUAACGCUGGAAACCUUCUCGUCAGACACAAAGUAUGGCCGACCAGAUAUCAAUCCCAGUUUUUCAAAUCAGUCAGCAGUGGCCCAAAUCAGCCCCGAAAAAUUCAGUCUGCCACCAGGCUCAUCACAAGUUGUCAAAGUCAAUUUCUUGCCCCCCCAGAACUUAGAUCCACGUUGGCUCGCGGUUUAUUCAGGCUUCAUCGUGAUGGCUUCCGAUGCUGAAUGUCAAAGCCACAAUGUUCCCUAUUAUGGUGUGGUGGGAUCACUCAAAGAACAACAAAUCCUAGACCGAGGUCCAAAUGAAAACAAAACAGCCAGCUAUCCCUAUCUCGCUUAUAAGAAGAAGAAAGAAUCUUCCAAGGAUGGAAAAAAUUCCACUGAUACAAAAGUCAAAGCCCAGCCCCCACUGAACACUACUUUUGUAUGGGACUUGAAAGCACACAACACAACUAUCAUUCAUUUUAGAACACUCUUUGGCACGCGUCUUCUUCGUGCUGAUGUACUACCUGGAACUUCAUUCUUGUCCAAUGCGACAAGCAGUAAGGACUUCGAAAAAUCAUUCAGGGGCUCGCGCUUGCUGGGUCUCAUACCAGACAGUGAUACUGUGUCACUUUCACGUUCUAGGUUUGCCAUAAUUGCGCUUCGUGACGAUCAAGAUGAAUGA